AAACUAGGUAUUGAAAGAACAAAAGAAGCUUUAAGUAAUAAGGAUACUUUCUUUUAUAAUAUAACGUACCUGCUGAUACAAGGAUAAUAUGCUAAACAGUGGAGUACGGUUCCAGAAUUGUACCUAGUCAAAUGGGGAACAAGUAGAGAACAAUAUCAAGAAAUGGCUGGUGGAGUGAACUUAAAGCUACCAACAAAUGAAAAAGGUAUUGAUGAACUAUUUUCUCGUGGUUGUGCUGAAGAAGAAAGUAAUGAUAUACUAUGUUCUUGUGUUUUUCCUGAAGAAGAAAUCAAUGCAGUUACUGGUAGACAUUCUCCUUAUAGUUUUUCUGAAGAAGAAAAUGAGAGCCAGCAUUUUAUUUCAAAAGAAGAAAUUAACACAACGCUCAAAGAAUUUCUUGUUGCUUCCUUGAUAUACAUUGGGAAAGCUACUGGUACAGGCAUCAAGUUUAAUGGUAUAUGCUAUUCAGACAACGAAGAAAAUGAAGAACUCUUAGAAAUGUGCAAGACUGCUGCAAAGAACAUCAUUGCACUAGAAGAUGUUGAGACAAACGAAUUUCAGGAAACUACAGCCUUGGCAUUCUUAAACAAGUGUUUCUGUCGCAAAAUUGAGCAGCAAGAAGAUUUACAAGCUUCAACAAAUCUGAAACAACUAAAAGAACGGUCAACUAUUCUAGAGACAAUUCAUGAGAUCAUAUAUUAUCCGGAAAAAUUGGUGAUCAAAUCAGUAGAAACACUGACAAAGGACAUUAUAAGAGAAACUGAAUCUCUAGCAGAUAUGAAGAAUGAAAUAUUUUGGAUUAAUAUUAAAGAUUGUGAUUAUCAGCGCGCUAUCUAUGGUUUAAAUGAAGAGUUUGCAUCAUUUCAAAUCUUGAUCAGUUAUCACUUCAGCAUGAAAAUCUGAUAUACUUUCUUCUAACUUGGUUAGAUAUCAAUUGGCACAGGAAAAUAUCAUCCAAAUAUACAGAUUCGGAGCCUUAUAAUCAUGAAAUCAAUUUAAUAAAACUUGGAAUUGAUCCGGAUGUCUCAAAAGUAAUACACACCAGGAUUAAUGAAUCUAUGAGGGAAAUGCAAAGCUCUUUGUAUUGGGCAAAAUAUCACAUUGAAUCUUUUGUAUUUUCCCAUAUCUUGAUUAGCCAAUGUCAUUAUAUAUUGUUACCGUCGAAGCUUGAUACAUGGACACCAAGUAGUGAGAUUAUAAAUAAUGGAAACAUACAAUUUCAAACAAUUGAUGUCCUACAGAACAUAGAGUUUUAUAAGGCAUCAAAUACACGAAUAAUUACAGAUUUGCAAGUUAAACAGAGAUUUAGCAGCAAACAAAGUCAAAUUUACUUUCACGGUACAACAGUAGAGUUUCUGAGAGACACAGAAGAUGCGAUUCUACGUAAGGGUAUAGAUUUAGGUAGAGGCCACGCCAAACAAGACUUUUCGCACCGUGAUGACUUUUAUAUGUCCGACUCCCUUGAUGCUGCUAUAGAAUGGGGUAGAAACAAAGACCGAAAAGAUCACUGUGUUAUUGUUUUUAAUAUACGAGAUGAGUUAUUGGAUGCACGAGCACAGAGAGGGUUAGAAGUUUCUAAAGAUCAUGCUAAAUUUUUAAAAGUUGUCAAUUAUUUUCGUAAUGGAAAACCAACAAGCAACACAGACUUUAGUCCUAAUGAGUUGGCGGAAAUAAAUAACGCCAGGUUCAUCAAAGGUAAUAUAUGGGUUAGAAAUAAUGAACACGUCUUCUGUAUCAACAAUACAGCUGUUUAUCAAUUAUGCUUGAAGGAUCAGGAUUAUGCGAAAGCUAUUGAGAACUGCAUGUGUGGGAUAUUGUUUUACCCAAAUGGUAUCCCAUAACAAAGCUUCAUUUAUGAAAAGCAAACGCCAUAAAAUACAGACAGAUGAAUAAAGUAAACAUUUAUCUUUCUUGUCUGCCAUUCCACUUGAAAAUCUGGUAGGAAAGUUAAUGAAAGUAUACUAUAUUUUUUGUGAUUUUUUAUUAAAAGUUAAAAACGUCUGUUAUAUAUUCAUUAAAAAAAUAAUAUUUCAACGUUGUGAUAUCUAAAAAAACAACAAUGCGUCAUGAUCUUAUAGAAAGCGUAUCAAAUGUUAAAGAAAAAAUUAAACACGAGGAAAGAAUAUUGUACUCUCUGCAGAUAAUGCUUUCAUCUGUAACGUUGAGGAAAAUGAAGAGUUUUCAGUUUGAUCUUGAGGACCACGCUUACAUACUUUUAUUUCUUUAAUAUUUGGUUUUAAGUUUUAUGUUAACAACGCAUGUUAUGAGUCUUGUAAUUUUAGGUUGCCCAUGUUCAUGUAUUGACGUGCGUCAAAUUAAUAAGUAUGCAAUAGCACAAAAUGCUGUUGUAUUUUAAGAUACGUUGUAUUUAAAUUACUUCAAAAGGCCUUUUAGAUUAACACUAAACAUCAUAUCAUGUGUGUUAAUAAAAGUAAAACAAUGAAUUCAAAAUAUAGGCGAGAAAAAAAUAACAGUUAAAUACUGCUAAUCAAACGUACAUUGCCAAAUAGAAGUCUAUUAUAUGUCGGGUUUUAACUGUUCAGAGUGUCAUCGUGCUCCUACAGCAUACUCGGUUCACUUUGGUCUCAUCUCUUUGUGGAUACGUCAAGCUAGGAGGAAUGAGACAACUACGCUUUCUUGAUGCUUUUUUAUGGCCUCUUUCGGUAUUGAAACGACUAUGGAUCAUCUCACGGAAAUGAGAUGAAUGCUUGUGCAGAAAUGAGAUGUCUGGACAUUAGAUGGAGUUGGAACGAUUACACAAAAACAUCCGCGCCCCUCUCCAAGCAGCUGAAGUAUACAAAGGAGUGGCAAGUGGCGAUACAGUUUCGGGUCAGCUGCGUUCCAGGCAUUACUAGACUGUAGCAAUAAGUGUUGCAAGCUGUCUAAGGAUCGCCGGCUCUUGAUUUUUCCUCAAAAUUGACUUCCGAAGCCUUUCGCGUUAUAGGAUAUUACUGCAAGGCAGCAGAUUUUGAAAAAUUAAAUUUUAGAGUUUUCCUAUGUUGGUAACCAGCCAGUGGCUAACGAGCCCCUCCUGUCCGAAGCUUACUGGUUUAGACACCUGUUACUUGCCUUCGCCAAUGCUUCUGUUAGUGAAAACAUUACGUCAGAGGCUAAAUGACAAAAUGACAUUAUGUUCUGCUAGGUUGUCAUUGCUGAAAGUUGUAGUGGAUGUAAGCACUCCACUACCUAUAAAUUGCUUCCUAAUGGCAUUCGUCUCGAAUAGCCUCUGACAAUUAGCCCAACUCCGUGAUGCCUUUAGGUCCGUGAUUCCCAAAGUGGUCUAUAUAGACCCCCAGGGGUCUACGACGACUUCCAAGGGGUCUACAAACGUGAAAAAAGGAAUUAGGGGUCUGUGAGAUGUAAAUAGGGGUCUACGAGAGCGGAUCUUGUUUUAAGUAGGUCGGGAUUUUAAUUAAAAUCUUAAAAUAAUGGAAUUAACAAUCAUCUUAUACAAAUAUAUAUUAUUUACAUUUAAAUCAUUUUGUUUGAAUACCUCAUUUAAAUAGCUUAAUUUAGUUUACAUGGAGUUUAUAUUUAACAUGGCUAAAUUUAAUUAUAACAUUACACAGUGGUAUUUAUUUUUGAAAAUGUAUCUUCUUUCCAUGUCGAGCUUAUAUUGCCCAUGUGCUUUUUAUGCACCAAAGUGUUAUUUACUGACACUUUAAAAUCACCUAAGUUGGAGGAUUUUUUGAGACGAUGCCAUCCUGAUAAAAUGGAUGAAGAUUUGCAAAGCUUUUGAACAAUCAAUGAUAAAAUUUAGAGAAGAUCUAUAGUGGACAAAAUAUUUGCUUUUGCAUCAAUAAGUGAAAAUGAUGGUUAGCAAGUGUUUUAAAAUAUCUUUUACUUAUUCGACAUUUGGAAAACAUCACGUGAUAGAAGAACAAUUGCCAUCCAAUGAAGAAGUUUUAAGAACUAGUUUGUCCACAAACCUACAUCUGAUAGUAUUUCGGAAUUACUCUAAACAACAAAACCUGGUAAUAAACAUUUUUUAUUGGCGAAUGUUCGUUUUAUUAUAGAUAAAGAAAUCCACGAAAAGCUUCUUUUUGCAACAACCAAUAAUCAAUAUUUAAUGUUUUUGAAAGACUACUAUAAAGAAAAAGCAUUCCCUUUAACUAUAAUGCUAGUAGCAACGGAUGGAGCACAUUUCAUGGUUGGAUCCUAUUGAGGAUAGUGACAAAGUGCUAGAUAGCUUGAAGAUCUUCAAUUUGUUAGCAACGCAGUUCACCGAAGCAACACGUUAAGUACCUGCUCCUCGACCACAACUUUCAUCAGUUCGUCCUUCACACUGGAGAAUGAGAAGGUCGUCGAAAAGCUUUUGUUUAUUUUUUUUCUUUUUGACAUUGUAUCGGAGUACUUGGAUGUCAAAGAUCUUAUUUUAAACCGAAAGUUAAUUUCAGUAGCAUUAUACAUAGCUUUUUUUAACAGACUUGUAUCACAAAUUCAGUUAGGUUAACUAACAUGUGGUGAUAGGCGUAGCAAGGAUUUUUUUCGGUGGGGGAUGUUUUUAGCAACCCAAACCCACUCCGCCCAGCUACGCCAAUGCAUGUGACCAACUUAUUCCUUUUGUUUCUUAGAAAUAAUUAAAUAAACAGAUAGGAAGUUCAUAAAUCUGAAAAAUUUCAAUUCCGCAAUAUUAGCCAACCAGGGGGUCUACAAGUUUGGGAACUACUGCUUUAGGGGAUCAGCAAACACAAAACAUCGGAAGUAAAAUCUUAAUAUUUUCGAGUUAUUAUUCGGGAUUAAACGUUAAAAAAAUGUUAAAACGUGUAUAGUUUUGUGAAAACUGCGUUAUAUUGACGAGAAAUACUGGGCCUUCAUUGAUUUUAAAACUCAAACACAAGCUUUGUAAUUCUCGUUAAUAUAAAAAAACGUAUGUCACUCUGAAAUAAAAAAAAUUAUAAGAAAAUUAAAAAUUAAACUAAAAAAAAUUCUUUUCGUAUUAAUGACAUUUCAACCUGUUUUUACUUUAUGUCAUCAGAUGUAUUAAUUUCAUAAUUAUCUUAAUAUUCAUGUUCCUGUGUAUGUAUCGAAGAUAACAAUAUAUAGCUCACUUUGGUGUAUUCUAUGCACAAAAUAUAGAAAUGAUUGAUAAGUUGUGUAGUUUCAAAAGUACUGACAAUAUCUUUAGAACUAUUUUAGCACUAUGAAAUCAAAUUUCUAACAUUUGCAUCAUUUUUUUUACGAAUGUAUAUAGUCAGUAACUAUGAUCUUUCAUAUUGCACUCUGACUUUGUUCCAUAUCUUUUUAAUUCAAUCUUUAUUUUAAAUUUCUGCGUUUAAUUUUAGAUCAAAUGUUAGCGUCUCAAUUUUGUUGUAUCGCAUUAUAUUAGUUCUCUUAAGUUUUGUCUUUUUUUUUCAUUUGGUUAACAAGUGUAACUGGAUCUGACACGAAAAUAGAGGAGACGACUGUACAUAUUUUUAAUCGAAUAUAUUUACGGUAUAACUUGGGUACAAUAAAUUUGUAGUUUUGCUUACAUUUUUAAAUUUCUUCAUAAAUAAAACGACUUUUUCACAUUUGCCUUACAUAUUAUUGCCUACAUUAUUUUUUUGCCACAGGUCAUAUAAUACUUGUUAAAGCUAACAUAUAUUUGUUUAACCUUUUUGUAUAAUCUUGAAUGACAUAUAUUGAUAAAUCCAUUGAUAAUUAAAUUGGCAAGCUAAACAAGAAAUCGAUUGUAUCUACUUUUGUUUUAAUUUUUCAAAAUUCAUGAUUAUAUGUGCAGGACCACAGAUAAUAACACGAAACGCCGUUUGUAAUAAUUCUAUUAUGAAGUGGUUUAUGUAAACUUUAUUAUCAUUAAACGUGAGAUUCUUGUCCAUAGUUCUUACUUCUUCUAGGCUUCCCUUUGAGCCAACCAUGAUAUGUUUAGUACUAAUCAUUUGCGUCACCUAACCACAUAUUAAAAAAGCGCAUCAAUUUUCUAGCAUGCAUUUAAAGGUAACACACAACGCAACAAAUGAGCAAGUUUUGUCAUUCGUACUGCAAAAAGAUAAUUUCAGUUUUAAAAAGUUAAAUAUAAAAAGUAUUUUAAAAAUAAACCUUGCUUAUAUAGAGCAAAAGCCUUCAAUGAUUUUUAAUCAAUUACACGUGUACAUAUUUUACUCUUGUGAACCUUUUUACGCGUCUGCUGUCUUGCAUGUUGGCAAGGUUUAUUUUUGGGAUAGGGGAGAGUACCGUUAAACAGCUUCUAUUUGUCAUAG